AUGGAUAUUUACAUGGAGAAACAAGCUGUUUUAACUUCAGUCGACGCUUUAUCAAAAUUUUCGGUCGAACGAAAUGCUGCCAAGUUCAUUAAAGAAGUAAGUUUGCAAUACCUUAAGCUUAACCCUUCUAAGCCUAAGUCUACUAAGCUUAAGCCUACUAAGCCUAAGCCUAAGCCUAAGCCUAAGCCUACUAAGCCUAAGCCUACUAAGCCUAAGCCUACUAAGCCUAAGCCUACUAAGCCUAAGCCUACUAAGCCUAAGCCUACUAAGCCUAAGCCUACUAAGCCUAAGCCUACUAAGCCUAAGUUUACUAAGCCUAAGCCUACUAAGCCUAAGCCUACUAAGCCUAAGCCUACUAAGCCUAAGCCUACUAAGCCUAAGCCUACUAAGCCUAAGCCUACUAAGCCUAAGCCUACUAAGCCUAAGCCUACUAAGCCUAAGCCUACUAAGUCUAAGCCUACUAAGCCUAAGCCUACUAAGCCUAAGCCUACUAAGCUUAAGCCUACUAAGCCUAAGCCUAUUUAAAAUGACAUUUAAACGACAAUAACAAACAUUUUAUAGGACUUCGACGAUCGAUUCGGUCCACAAUGGCAUUGCAUCGUGGGAAAACAGUUUGGUUGCUACGUAUCACAUUACAAAAACGACUUUAUUUACUUUUACGUGAACGCCGUUGCCAUUUUGUUGUAUCGGACUGGAAGUAAAUGA